UUAGCCUCACUUUGGAAGUAGAUCGUAUGUUGGUGAACCACAACAGCCAAGGCAGCCAAAGAACUGGAAGGAAGGGGACGGAGGAGAAAGCGCGCUUGGGGUUCCUGCUGUUGGGUUCAUCUCCGCCACUGCAAUAAAAAUAGAUCACGUCGGCACAUCAGAAGCGGACAACACAGAUGGACCAGCAGGCCCAGCCUUACAUGCUUGCCAGUCUGACGCGGCCGCAUUCCGAGCAGCUGCUGCAGGGCCUGCAGCUGCUCAGGCAGGACCAUGAGCUGUGCGACAUCGUGCUGCGCGUGGGCGAUGCCAAGAUCCACGCCCACAAGGUGGUGCUGGCCAGCAUCAGCCCGUACUUCAAGGCCAUGUUCACGGGCAACCUGUCGGAAAAGGAGAAUUCGGAGGUGGAGUUCCAGUGCAUCGACGAGGCCGCCUUGCAGGCCAUCGUGGAGUAUGCCUACACGGGCACGGUUUUCAUCUCCCAGGACACGGUGGAGUCGCUGCUGCCGGCCGCCAACCUGCUCCAGGUCAAGCUGGUGCUGAAGGAGUGCUGUGCCUUCCUGGAGAGCCAGCUGGACGCCGGCAACUGCAUCGGGAUCUCGCGCUUCGCCGAGACGUACGGCUGCCACGACCUCUGCCUGGCCGCCACCAAGUUCAUCUGCCAGAACUUCGAGGAGGUGUGCCAGACCGAGGAGUUCUUCGAGCUCACCCGGGCUGAGCUGGACGAGAUCGUCUCCAACGACUGCCUGAAGGUGGUGACCGAGGAGACGGUCUUCUACGCCCUGGAGUCCUGGAUCAAGUACGACGUGACCGAGCGCCAGCAGCACCUGGCCCAGCUGCUGCACUGCGUGCGGUUGCCGCUGCUCAGCGUCAAGUUCCUCACCCGCCUCUAUGAGGCCAACCACCUGAUCAGAGACGACCACGCCUGCAAGCACCUGCUCAACGAGGCCCUCAAGUACCACUUCAUGCCUGAGCACCGGCUCUCCUACCAGACGGUGCUGUCCACCCGGCCCCGCUGCGCUCCCAAGGUGCUCCUCGCUGUGGGGGGCAAGGCCGGUCUCUUCGCCACCCUGGAGAGUAUGGAGAUGUAUUUCCCUCAGACGGACUCGUGGAUCGGGCUGGCGCCCCUGAGCGUGCCUCGCUACGAGUUCGGCGUGGCCGUGCUGGACCAGAAGGUGUACGUGGUGGGCGGCAUCGCCACGCACAUGCGCCAGGGCAUCAGCUACCGGCGCCACGAGAGCACGGUGGAGAGCUGGGACCCGGACAGCAACACCUGGUCCACGGUGGAGCGCAUGGCCGAGUGCCGCAGCACGCUGGGCGUGGUGGUGCUGGCGGGCGAGCUCUACGCCCUGGGCGGCUACGACGGCCAGUACUACCUGCAGUCGGUGGAGAAGUUCGUGCCCAAGGUCAAAGAGUGGCAGCCGGUGGCGCCCAUGACCAAGUCGCGCAGCUGCUUCGCCACCGCCGUCCUGGACGGCAUGAUCUACGCCAUCGGGGGCUACGGCCCCGCCCACAUGAACAGUGUGGAGAGGUACGACCCCAGCAAAGACUCUUGGGAAAUGGUGGCUCCAAUGGCAGACAAGAGGAUAAACUUUGGGGUUGGGGUCAUGUUGGGCUUCAUAUUUGUGGUUGGUGGACACAACGGGGUCUCGCACCUGUCCAGCAUUGAGAGGUAUGACCCGCACCAGAAUCAGUGGACGGCGUGUCGACCAAUGAAUGAGCCCCGGACAGGGGUGGGUUCUGCCAUUGUGGACAACUACCUCUAUGUGGUCGGGGGUCACUCGGGGUCGUCCUACCUUAACACCGUCCAGAGGUACGACCCCAUCACGGACAGCUGGCUGGACUCCAGCGGCAUGAAGUGCUGCCGCUGUAACUUUGGCCUGACCGCCCUUUGACCACCGGCGAGGCUGGCUGAGAACUGCACAAGGGAAGGCAGGGACUUUCAUUUCCUUUUCGUUGUUUUCCCUUUUUGCGCUCCGAGGGGCCGAAGAGGGAAGCGGGCCGGCGUGGCAACGGAAGAGGAAUGCGCCUCGUUCGAAAGGGGGCCCCUUUUUUUCUCUCGACGCGGGGACCAUGGAGACGGCCGGGCGAGGUGGUGUUAAAGGGGGCGGGGGUGCAAAAGGAGGCGAGCAUGUCCUCACCGCCGCUGGAUCGUGAGGAGUAUUUUGAUUGGCUGAGCCAUUUGAUAGAGAAUCGUGGGUAGAGCUCUGUUUAUUAUUUAUAGACGUGUGUGUAGCUACGUGAGCACGCAUACAGUCUUUAGCAUUAUCGUUUGGGCUGGAACAGGGGCAGUGCCCUGGCAGGACGCCAGGUGAAGCGCACAGCUGAGGGGGAAUCGGCCACUGUCUGCCCGCCCACUGAAUUCUUUUUGUGUCACAAUGACAUUUUUGUUUAUUUGUUUUUCUAUUAAUCACACUCCCAAUUUUUAUUCUUUUUUUUUUUUUUUUUAAAGUUUCCCUGCUGCGAGCAGAAGUGUGUUCCUGGCUUUUUGGUUGACCCUAAGUGUGUGUGUGUGCGUGCGUGUGUGUGUGAGUGUGACAUGCUCAGGCAAGGUCAGUGGGAUACACUGAAUAGGAGACAUCUGCAUCAGUGAACCAGUGCUUCACAAAAAAAUCUUUAUAUUCACUUAAAAAGGGCUGCCUUUUUCUCUCUUGUAAAUAGAAUCAAUAUAUAUAUAUAUAUAGAAAUAUAUCCUCUAGUGCAUUGCCUGUAAAUGUUUUCUGCACUGGGUCAUGCAAGGGGACGUGUGUGUAUUUGUGUGUGCGUCUGUGUGUGUGCCUCUGUCCAUCUUUAGUAAAUACCGUAGGUUAUGAGAGACAGAAAAAAUACGCCCAGUUGUACUCUCCAGGGAGUGCCAAGCCACCAGGCUCACAUGGGCCAAGCAAUUUCAAAUGGCAAGUAGCCCCCCCCCCCCCCCCCGCCCACUCUAGGUGGCCUGUGACUUCAUGUCUUAACCACUGACUGAUCAGUGACCUUAAAUCAGUUGCAUUGUAAGAAGCUUCUACUCGGUUUCCCGCUGGUAGGCCACACCCAGUCCCCUAAGUUGCUGUAGUUUCACAGGUCUUGAAUAGUGAUAAUGAUGUUCUUGCCACAGAGUCACUGUGGAAGGGGGUUUUGUAUGUAAUACUCUUAUCUGGUGCUAUCUUAGGAUUCAGGAUUAAGCUGUCAAUGAUGUCUCUAUGGCGUGACGCCUCAUUCUGCAUGAUUAACUUUUCGUUUGUCUUGGGUCUUAUUCCUGUUUUCUUUCUAUGUGUGUGUGUGUGUUUGUGUAUCUGUGUAUUUCAGAAGCUCUAAGUUGACAAGCUGACCCCACGCAAUAAAGCACUAUACUUAGCAGCAAGGCAGCCUAACUGAUUGAGACCCACGAAGCUGCAAAAUUUCAUAGUUAUCCACCGAGUACCUUGAACUCCAUGGUCAUUUGGAUCAGCAGGGUUCAAUUCAGAUUUAGUACACACGCUGACUGGACGGCUGCCCCAUCUCUGGUACGUCAGGACGACGUCCUUCCUCUGUGCAGCGGCCAGUGGAUGCUAGCGGACAGGCCAGUGUGGACUUCUCUCUUAGCUUCUUCCUGGUCGCUCACUACGUGCAUCACUCAUCAGACCAGUAUGGACCCUGCUUUGAAAAACCAGACCCGUUCUCACGAGUCUGGAUUAGGAGCUUCAGCAUGCGAGUCUGCGUGCCCCGCCCCCUCCUCCUCCUCCUCCUCCUCUCCCCCCCCAGCUUUGCCACAUUGUUGCCAAGGCAUUCGCCGAUCGCAGAGGGGUACCCAGGGUUGAGUCCCGACUGGGGGGGGGGGGGGCACCGGCAGCCACCCGCACGCCUCUUGUGAGAAGUGCCAAAUACAUCACACUUUUGCGAGUCGAGUGCUAAUUCUCCCACCCUUCGCUUCUGGCACGAGGGCGAGGCUCCAGUUGCUUCAGCAGAGCCGCAAAUAGGUUCCCUCCAGAGUCCUCCCAGAACUAUUAUUUCGUAUACGUUUGUGGUUCCUCUGUAGAAGGCUGAGGGUGGUCUUAUCGCAAGGUGAAGGUCUUGCGGCGGUAUAAUUCGUAUGUUCUUCACAGACGUGCGGAGGUGGCCAACCCUGGUCCUGGAGAGCCGCGGGGUCUGUUAGUUUCCCUUGUUUCUGAGCACCUGGUUGAUCGACGGACUCGUCAAGCAGCUGCUCAGUUAGCUCACCUGCUACAUUAAGGGUACGGAGGAAAGCGCAGAAAGUCCCAAUUGUACCUCCGUAUGGGGGGAGACACACAGAGGAAUUUGUUCGCAUAAACCGCUAGGUGGGGUGCAUUAAAAACCCCCCCCCCCCCCCCCAAAAAAAAAAGUAAGGGGGGCUGUCACAGUACCAACAGCAAUGAGGAACAGCUGGGGAGCAACUUCUAUUUAUACAGACCGCAAAAGGCCAUGUAAACAUUUUAGAAAGAGUUCUGCAUUGUACAUAGGUGUCUGCACGUCCGGGAUCUUAUCACAGCUCAACAUUGCACUUACCAUCCAAGCGAAUACUUAGUGUAUUCUGUACAUACUCUUGAAUUGGGGUCAAUAGCAUUUAGACAAUGCAAUAAGCCUUUAUCUGUAGAUGAAUUAGUUUGGGGUUUGACUUGAUUUCUCUCUAAGCCAAGGUGUUUCUGUCAGUCGUAUGACAAAUUUGUGUGUGGCAUGUCUGUGUGUAUGUUCAUAUAAUGUUAGUAUUUGUAGGAUAAUCUAUUGAAUGAGAGCUCUUUUUUUAGAUACGAAUACCAUCAUCUCAUCUGUUUAAAAGUAAUUGGAGUUUGCCUUUAGAAACAAUCAGCGCUGUCUCUUUAUAAAGCAGUGGAAUUCAGCAGUUGGAAACUUGGGCCCAGUCAGUGUAUAUACCUUUAUCAUGCAGACAGACCAAAGUUAUCUAAUAUGUUUAGUGCAGUCACCUUCAUUUGGCACACCUGUACAUUUUCCCUGGACGUGCUUCCUAAUGAUAUCAAGUGAAUAACAAUCCAAUAAUUAAAUCUAGUUGAGUAACCACAAGGUUAUUUUCCCUCCUACAUUCUCCUGUUUGUUAUGAGCCCUUUCAACAAGUAGCCCAAAGGCUCCAUGUGACGCAUCUGAUCAACGAUGAGCAUUCAUUUCGUGUAUUUUUUUUCAUGCCAUGCUCUGCAGACGGAUGGGGGAGUGGGUGUCCACUUUUUAUUGGGACAGGUAUUUAUUAUUUUGAAACUUACUGUACCUACAGUAGGUUGUGCAAAGUGUCAGUCAAAGGAUUGAACAGUGUCACUUGACCUUUAAGGGAAAAGCCUGGAAGCAUGACCGUCAGUAACAAAUGGGCUGCCGUUAAGGCGGAUGUACUUUGCUGUGAUUUUGCAAUCCUGAGGCUAGGUCAUGGAAGAACUUCAGAAGUAAGAGUUCACACACCACUGCAAGCAUGCUGAGCACAGCCAUGUUUGACUUUGUCUUUUUUGAAGAAGCACCACUCUCCCACAACAGCAAGGUCUGGCUCCAGUCCAUGUCUCACGACUGCAAAACCACUGUUCUUAAGAUGAGGAGGGCCAAAGUUAUGCCUUUGGACUACGAAAAUGCACUUCUUAGUCAGUCAAAUUUUUUUGUUUUACACCCUUUAUCUAAUGAUUCUAAUCCUUUCUUCCCCUUAAGUAUACUAAGCUAGUCCAAGAGUUCGUAAUGGUAGGAAGCAGUAAACUAACUUCUGCUGUCUGACAAAGCAGUUUAUCUAGCCUGCUGUCACUGUGACAGUCUCGUUAGACUAAUGCUUCAGGAAUCCUUAAAUUUUCACCACAUUUCACUUCUACCUACAAACCUUUUUUUUGUCAUUUAAAAUGUGGAGGGAUUCAUAGUUAUUGUUGUAUGUACACUGUACUUGUAACUAGUGGAUUAUAUGUAAACUCCCAUUUUUAAGCUGAACUCUGGUUUUCAGUGAACUCUGAAACCAAUUUUGAGAAUGAACCAUUUCAGUUUAUUCAAGGAGCCAAUUUUCUGCAACCUGAUGCUAGCUUUAAGAAACUAAAAGCAUGCUUGACCAGUCUGGAUAUUUUAACUGGCCAGACCCGACUCUGAAAACAGGGUUUUUGGAGGGAAAAUGUAAUGUGAAGUCCAUUUGUCUAGUAACAGUUUGAUGGUAAAAAUGACUGCGGCCCUCCAGUUAACUUGGUAGACAUGACUAUUUGUGUAGAAAUUACCUGCAUUUUAUUUUCCCAUUGUCCCUGAUCAAGUAUAGCUUUGGACUUGUGGUCUAAUAUAAGCAAAAAUAUUUACUGAAAGGAAGAUUGUGCCACUGUGGAAAGUGUUGAAAUGGUGAACUGUCACUUUUGCGGAUUCAUUCAGAACAAAGCUGUUGUACUAACAACCAAACAUGGCCAAAAGAAACCUCAUGUAGUAGUGGCCAUUCAUGAAUCCAUAAUUUACAGCUUUUCACAUUCCUUACAAGUAGGGGGUUACUGAACUUGUAGGGACAGUGAUUAUGCCAGUUAUUGGGAAAUGUGUAGUUUGUUUUUCACUGCUUUUGAGGAGGAUAUUUAUAUUUAUGGCCAUAUGUGGAAACUGAAAAAAAACGUGAACUGCAAAAAUGGUAGACGGUAUGCUACUCUGUAACUCCAUGUACAGAUGUAUUGUGUAUAUAUAAUUUUAUUGUUAUAUAAUGUCAUCCCUGUUUUGCCAUCGUUUUCACCGAAGUGCUCAUUUUUACUGAAGAAUAGGAAUGAAAGACAAAUAUCAGGUCUGGGAAGGACUGUUUACAUUAGGUUUGUAACGCUAUUCUAACGUUUGGGAAAAAUAACCUUUGAAACUGAUGUCACCGUUGGCCAAAUUACCACCCACAUCAUCUUGCAAUUCCAGGUGUCCCCCGAAUUGCAAGUGAGGUGAUGAUCCUGAAUUUUAUACUUGGUGGAUUAGUCCUGGAAGUAACAGAUAGCUUAUAUGUAGAAGCAGUACACCUCCCCUCCCCAAUGUUUUAUCAAGCUUUGACUGAACAUGCACCCUAGCCAGUUUUUAUUUAUAUGUGGUUCGAUUGUACCCAGUUCAAAAAACUAAAUAAAUGCCUGCCUUAAAAGGG